UGGCUGGCGGAUGGCUGAGCUGCUGCUGCUGCUGCUGCUGCUGCCAGCAGCUAGUCUGGCUCAAAGUGGAGAGAGAAGCGCUGACCUGGUUUCUGAAUCCAGAAUCAGCUGCGUGUCUCACAUCAGCACAAAGGGGAACAGUCUAACCUGCAAACUGGUCGGCGGCAGGGACGAGGACGAUGAAGACGAGGACGACGCUGUGGAGUCCAUGACCGUGUGUUUCAAAGACCUGCUCCGGAACAGAUUAAAGUGUCCUCGUGUGCGCGGGGACUCCAUCACCUUCACCGAUUUGUCACCUCUGACUCGUCUCAACCUGACCGUCCACUUGAGGAGGGGCGGCACCGUCACACAAACUGUCCAGCUGAAAAUAAUCGUUAAACCUCGGAGUCCCGAGGUGUGGAAUGUAACCGUCAACCAGGACUCCAACCAGGCUGUGUUUCACAUUCGGACUCCGUACCACAAGGACUACCUGAAAGUUGAAAAUCAGCUCUUCCAGUUGGUCAUUUGGACCACGGAUAAGAAGAUGAUUGAAAAUGUGUCAUCGUCCGACACGAUGACGAUCAACAUGGAGCACCUUCUUAAAAACCGCCAGUACCACGUCAAAGUGCGAGCAAUACCAGUCGUUUUUCUGAAGGGGAGCUGGAGCGAGUGGAGCGACCCUUUUGACUUCUUCAUUCCUGAUGUCCGUGUACGAAACCACAAGAGUGAGGAGUUCGUGCGAAGAAUGAUCGCGUGUUUCGUCCCUUUGGGCGUGCUGGCGAUGUUCUCUGUUUUCUUCCGGAAAAAAAUCUUUCCUUACAUAUGGCCCAAGAUUCUACAUCCUAAACCCAUACUGGUGCAGAACUGCAAAGCCAAUAAAACUUCUCUGCUACUCAACCUAAAACCUGAGGAGUUCAGCGCUCUUAAAAUCUACCCGGCGGUAGAAAAAGACGAGCAAGAGCCGGUCAAGGGUCUUAGAAAUGGGAAUGACCCCUGUUCCACACAAAGCUCUGACUGCAGCGCCGACACAGAGGUACUGGAGCUUUCCAUUCUGCUCAGCAUUAGCUCGUCUGAUGGAAACAACAGCCUUCAGAGCUCCGACUCGGAGGCUCCCGAUGCGACACAUGGCAGUGGAGUAAAUCAAAAGGAGGAGGAUUACGUCACCAUGUCCAGUUUCUACCAAAUCAAGUAGGUUAAAAGUUGGAGGAGCUAGGAUCUAAUACCCAUCCCAAGGGUUUCUAUUGGUUCUGUGUCAUCAGGAGACACCACAACUGUCUAUCAUCAGUGUAACUGUGGAAACUGAGGCCCUGUAUCCUAAUAACAUCCCCGAGAGGCAGUGUGUAAAGAUUAAAAAUACGUAAGAAUGAGCCUUGGGGAACCCCACGCCUUAAAACAUGGGUUCCUGAGGAACAUGUAUCCAUACUUGCAUAAAAACAUCUGUCUGUGAGAUAAGAGCGGAACCAGGUAAAAACAGUACCAGAGAGGCCGACCAGAUGUCUAAGUUGAUUUGAUAAAAUGCCUCAAUCUUAGGUAUCAAAAGCGGCCCUUAGAUCCAGCAGAACCAACACGGUGAGAUUUGUAUGAUCUAAAUUCCACCUGAUUUAAAAUCUUUAAAAGUGCUGUCAUCCUGACACUUCUUUUGGCAACACGACCAUGUCAGCGUUUAUUCCAGCAAUGGUUGUAAGGCUAAACUGUGUCAGUUUCAAACUCAGAUAGGGAACAGAAAAGGUCGUCUUGGGUCUGUCUGAUGUCGACUGUGUGUAAAUGUUCUUUUAACUGGUCCAUAUCUGGUACAAUUGUCUUAACAUUAACUGAACACCCCCAAACAUAUGUAAACAAUUACCUUCUGGCACAGAAACAUACAAGGUGUACGUGGCGGGAAAGAUCUAGGACAAUUUUUUUCCACCCCUGGAAGUAAUCUUUCUGAAGUCUUACGCGCUGCCCCAGAAUCCCUCUUCAUGCACUCUGGAAGGAUCCUUCUGUGGUCUUCCACCACCUUCUGAAUGUCAUACAUUUCUUCAAAAUGGGUCCCCUUGAUGAUUUCGUUGAGGUUGGGAUGAAAAGACCACAUGGACCUAGGUCGGGUGAGUAGGCCAAGGCGAAGCAGCCACCAGUUGAUUCUGCUACAACUCUGGCUUCUUCUCCGGCCCUAGAAGAAGCAAACUGCGCAGAAUCUCCUUGUAGACAUGCCGAUUGAUCAUUAAGUCCUUUGGCAAGAACUCAGAGUGGACGAUGGCCCGUCACAUCGACGAAUGCGAUCAGCAUAAACAGUUCUGGAAUUUUGCCAUACCAUUAGACCGUGACAACAUGGGAAACACGUUACGUACUGCUGAGUGUAUGCCCAGAACAAAUUGAAAAAUGCCCCAUGCUUGGGUUGUUUUAGGCUGUUGAAACCGUUCAAAGCACAAAAAGGAUAAAAGUUUCUUCAGAGUUCUUCGAGAGGUCAUUAAGAAGGGCGAAAGAGUGCAAUAUUUCACGAAACAGGGACAAUGGAGCACUCCAGUCCAAGGGAGCAGAGUCGAAGAACGCACGAGUUUACAGUGAUCACUUCGUUAAAGGUUUGUUUGACAUACUUAACGUUUAGUAUUUCCCAUUGAAGUAUUAUCUUGAUAUUAUUUGUAUUUAAAAAAAACUGCAACAGGUAUUUAAGGCUAUAUAGUGCUACAGUUUGUUUGUUUGUU